AAUCCGCCCGCCACGCGCUCUCUCUUCUCUCUCUCUCUAAAAAACGUCUCUCUCUCUCUCUCUAAAAAACUCGUCUUCUGACUCUUCUCCCUCAUACCAAUUCCGACUCCCCUGUGCAUUAACUUCCCCAUACCCAAGCCCAACUCCAAUUCCAUUUAUUCAUCACAUCACACUCCCCAUACCCAUAUUCAUAUACACAACAUAUAAAUCUAGAGAGAGAGAGAGAGAGAGAGAGAGAGAGAAUAAUUUCUGUUAAUUCUCGUACGAUCAUCGGUACUUCCCCAAUCGAAUCCGACACAAAGACGAACUCUGUUCGUUUCGAGUCUCUAGAACCAACCCAUCUCUCCGUACGGUCCACAAUAAAGUUUCGCUCAACAUGAACGAUCUCUUCUCCAGCUCCUUCGCUCGGUUCCGGAGCGAAGACCAGUCUCCGCCCCACAGUACCGUCCAGAUGUCCGGCUUCCCUGCGGCGGCCACCUCCGGCGUCAACCUCGACAAGUUCUUCGAAGACGUGGAAGGCGUCAAGGACGACCUGAGGGACCUCGAGACGCUGUACGCCAGCCUCCAGGCCGCCCACGACCAGUCCAAGACCCUGCUCAGCGCCAAGGGCGUCCGAGACCUCCGAUCCAAGAUGGACGGCGACGUCACGUCGGCGCUGAAGAAGGCCAAGGUGAUCAAGGUCCGUCUCGAGGCGCUGGACCGGAACAACGCCGCGAACCGGAGCGUGCCCGGGUGUGGGCCGGGGAGCUCCUCGGACCGGACUCGGACUUCGGUCGUCAACGGGCUCCGGAAGAAGCUGCAGGACUCGAUGAACUCGUUUAAUGAUCUGCGGGGGAGGAUUGGAUCGGAGUACAAGGAAACGGUGCGGCGGAGGUAUUACACGGUGACGGGAGAGAGCGCGGACGAGUCGGUCGUGGACCGGCUGAUAUCGACGGGGGAGAGCGAGACGUUUUUGGCAAAAGCGAUACAGGAGCAGGGGAGGGGGAAGGUUAUGGAUACCAUCAUGGAGAUUCAGGAGAGACACGAGGGGGUUAAGGAGAUUGAAAAGAAUUUGAAGGAGCUUAACCAGGUGUUUCUCGACAUGGCGGUGCUGGUGGAGGCGCAAGGUGAACAAAUCGACGACAUAGAGAGCCAGGUGAAUCGGGCCAGCUCCUUCGUUAGGACAGGAGCCCAGCAGCUGGAGGUUGCUCGGAAGCACCAGAAGAAUACCCGCAAGUGGACUUUCAUUGCCAUUGUUAUCCUCCUCAUUAUCAUCCUCUUUGUGGUUCUGUUCUCUGUGGAGCCAUGGAAAUAAACUAAAGAGCCCUUUGGAUUUGGAGGUCUGGUCCAUGGUCUUAUCUUGCACCUCAUUGCAAUACCAGUCGGGGCACGAACAGGGAUUGUGUGUUUUUUUUUUUGAAAUGGGCUAAAUUUGACGAGGACGACGAAAUGGGGUUGAUUUGUUAAUUCUAUGGAAUUAGGAGGGGUGCUGGUGUUUGGGUUUGUUCUUCUCUCUUUAUUUCUUUCUUUUCUUUUUUGUCUUUUUGUUUUUUUUUUUUUGAAAAGAAUGUAUUUUUUUGGAUCCUUGCAUUCGUAAGUAUUAGUGUACGAUCACCUUUACUAUUGAAUCUCAUUUUAUAUACUUCUACUUCUCUU